GGCUGCGACCGCUUCAGUCCGAGACGCCGCACAGCCAGCAGAUUCACUCAGGGGUUGAAGCUCGCUUACAGCGCGAACGGCGUUCCUGGACAGGGCCUGGAUGCGUUUCAUGGUUUAAUAUUUAGAUCUGAGCGGGAUUUAUCACGGAAAUAUCUGGCAACCCCGCGGCGGCGCGUCUCUGUUACUUAGCAACCGGCGCGGGACAUGGCGGAGGAUAAAGAGUCGGCGAAGGCCAUCGUGUCUGAGCUCCACAAGAGGAUCAGCAGCGCCUUCGAUGUCUUUGAUCAUGAGUCCAAUCACACGGUGGAUGUCAGAGAAAUCGGCACCAUCAUCCGCUCGCUGGGCUGCUUCCCCACUGAGGCUCAACUUCAUGAUGUAAUCGCUGAGAUCGAGGAGGAGGAGCCUACAGGGUUCAUACGCUUCGAGAGGUUCCUCCCCACCAUGAGCAGAAUCCUGUUGGAGCACAGGUUUCGGCCGGUUCCUGAGGACCUGCUGCUCCAGGCCUUCGAGGUUUUAGAUCAGCAGAAAAGGGGUCACCUGGAUCCAGAGGAGUUAACCAGAUAUUUAACACAGGAAGGAGAACCUUUUACGCAGGAGGAGAUGGAGGAGAUGCUGUCCGCCGCUGUGGAUCCUGAUAAAAACCUCAUUUUCUACAAGGACUUUGUGAGCGUGAUGACCGUAGAUGACCCCUGGUGAAGAGAGUGGGGUCAUCAAACUACAGAAGAUGGACAUCAAAGACAUCAGAGGAGCCGAAUUAUAAACAAUGACUUUAAUAAACUGAUCACUCUAAUCACUCUGUCACUCUGUCACUCUGAUCACUGAACACUCUAAUCGCUCUGUCACUCUGAUCACUAAUCGCUCUGUCACUGAUCACUCUAAUCGCUCUGUCACUCUGAUCACUGAUCACUCUAAUCACUCUGUCACUCUAAUCACUGUCACUCUGAUCACUCUAAUCACUGUCACUCUGAUCACUCGAAUCGCUCUGUCACUCUGAUCACUCGAAUCGCUCUGUCACUCUGAUCACUAAUCACUCUGAUCACUCGAAUCGCUCUGUCACUCUGAUCACUCGAAUCGCUCUGUCACUCUGAUCACUAAUCACUCUGAUCACUCGAAUCGCUCUGUCACUCUGAUCACUCUAAUCACUGUCACUCUGAUCACUCGAAUCGCUCUGUCACUCUGAUCACUCUAAUCGCUCUGUCACUCUAAUUGCUCUGUCACUCUGAUCACUCUAAUCGCUCUGUCACUCUGAUCACUCUAAUCGCUCUGUCACUCUGAUCACUCUAAUCGCUCUGUCACUCUGAUCACUGAUCACUCUAAUUGCUCUGUCACUCUGAUCACUGAUCACUCUAAUCGCUCUGUCACUCUGAUCACUCUAAUCACUGUCACUCUGAUCACUGAUCACUCGAAUCGCUCUGUCACUCUGAUCACUAAUCGCUCUGUCACUCUGAUCACUCUAAUCGCUCUGUCACUCUGAUCACUGAUCACUCUAAUCGCUCUGUCACUGAUCAUUCUAAUCGCUCUGAUCACUCUAAUCGCUCUGUCACUCUGAUCACUAAUCGCCCUGUCACUCUGAUCACUCUAAUCACUCUGUCACUCUGAUCACUGAACACUCUAAUCGCUCUGUCACUCUGUCACUCUGAUCACUGAACACUCUAAUCGCUCUGUCACUCUGAUCACUAAUCGCUCUGUCACUGAUCACUCUAAUCGCUCUGUCACUCUGAUCACUGAUCACUCUAAUCACUCUGUCACUCUGAUCACUGAACACUCUAAUCGCUCUGUCACUCUGAUCACUAAUCGCUCUGUCACUGAUCACUCUAAUCGCUCUGUCACUCUGAUCACUGAUCACUCUAAUCGCUCUGUCACUCUGAUCACUGAUCACUCUAAUCGCUCUGUCACUCUGAUCACUAAUCGCUCUGUCACUGAUCAUUCUAAUCGCUCUGAUCACUCUAAUCGCUCUGUCACUCUGAUCACUCUGAUCACUCUAAUCGCUCUGUCACUCUGAUCACUGAUCACUCUAAUCGCUCUGUCACUCUGAUCACUAAUCGCUCUGUCACUGAUCAUUCUAAUCGCUCUGAUCACUCUAAUCGCUCUGUCACUCUGAUCACUGAUCACUCUAAUCGCUCUGUCACUCUGAUCACUCUAAUCGCUCUGUCACUCUGAUCACCGAUCACUCUGAUUACUCAUCACUCUGGUCACUGAUCACUAAUCACUGAUCACUGUCAGGCUAUCACUGAUCACUCUGAUCACUGUGGUCACUCUGAUCACUGAUAACUCUGAUCAAUCUAAUCACUCUUUCAUUCUGAGCACUCUGUCACUCCUCACUGUGAACCAUCGCUGAUGACCUCACUGCACUCACACAGCUCAGAGUGACUCUGUAAUAAUGUGAAUAUGCAGCCGUGACGUUUAGAGAAUCAUUAAAAGGACUUUGUGUUCUUUAAGCUGAGAAAUGAAAGUUAAUCCUGUUUAAACACCAGCAAAUGUGAAAAUGGCUGAAAAGCAUGUUUUACUUCGCAUUGUUUAUAUUUACAGCAUAUAUUUUUGCUGACUUAGCAAAUCAUUUUAUUUACAAUAAUAUCUUUCAUGUAACUUCAGGUUCAGUCCUGUGUAAAGGUUUUGGCACCUCCAGUUAAACUCCCUGCACACUUUAAUAACACACAGUGGUUUUCAUUUA